AAUAUAAGGAGAAUUCUAGAAAGAACUUUCAUUUCUAGAACUACCUACUCUUCUCCAACACAAAAUCGCAAUUUCGCAGCGAAUCGAAAUUACACAAAAAAAACUUGCAACAAUGGCAUCUGCAGGAAAAUCAGUUAUCCAAACUCUAAAACGCUACUUGAAGAAGCCAUGGGAGAUCACAGGGCCUCAAUCGAGUCCAGAAUAUGUAUCUGCCGUACCAAAAGCUACAGAGUACAGAGUUACCUGCCCUGCUACAGCACAAGCUCAAGCUAUAAUCCCCAACUCAAAUCCCGAUAUGGUAUAUGAUAUCAAGUACUUCUCUCGUGACCAGCGGCGUAAUCGUCCUCCUAUAAGGCGCACUAUUCUUAAAAAAGCUGAUGUUGAGAAGAUGAUGAAGGAGAAGACAUUUGAUAUUGAUGAUUUUCCGAAACCCUACUUAACUGCUAAAGUUGAGGAAGAUGAUAAUGCUAUUGGUGGUGGCUACCAGAAAUGAAGGCUCUCUAGUCAUGGCAAAAUCGUCCUGCUGCAAUAAUGAUGUUUUGCUCUAUAUAUUAUGUGAUGCCUCUUGAAAUAAAUUGAUACACAAACACGAAUUAGUGAAUAUAUAUAUAUCCGUGUGUAUUCUCUUGCGUAAA